AAUGAGUAGGUUGAUCUUCGAGCUCAUUAUUUGUCUCCUCUGUAGGCAUGAACACAAAUGAAUAGUACAGUGUACAGAAGAAGCAUUGAGUGAGAACACAUUCUGUAUAUGAUAAGGACAGUUCCAUUCUACAAGCGCUUCCUCAGCUGUGCACAGCCAAUGGUUUAUUCCAGCAACAAAAAUGAAUCUCUCCAAGUCCCUGCUGGCUGUCUAUGGUCUGAUUCUUUCACUCUUUGUCAUUGAUUCCUUUCAACAAGCCAGGAAGAGAGAUAUAGUCUUCCUAAUCGAUGGUUCGUCUGGAAUGGGAAGAUCAUUUCUUCAAAUCCGCAAUUUUCUUACGAAAGUAAUCCAGGAGCUCGAUAUUGGACCUGACAAAAAUCAGAUUGCUGUUGUACAAUACAGUUCAAACCCAAGACUUGAAUUUGGUCUCAAUAGUCAUUCAACAAAAAAUGAGGUUUUGGAUGCAAUAAAAAAGCUGAGAUUGAAAGCAGGAAGACCCCUCAACACUGGUGCUGCACUGGACUAUGUCACAAGGAAUGUCUUCACUCCAUCUGCAGGGGGUAGGGGCGAUGCUGGAGCUUCACAAAUCCUGGUGCUCAUCACUGCUGGGAAAUCCAGAGAUGAUGUUGGACAGGUAGCAGAUGCAAUGAAACGGGCUGGGAUAGUGCCCAUUGCUAUCGGGGCCAAGAGUGCAGACAUGUCGGAGCUACAUCAGAUAGUUUCUAAUCCUGAUUCUGUUUGGAAACUGGGAGAUUUCCAGGAAUUGCAAACUAUUCAACAAGACCUAAUCUCUAAAGUUAGAGCAGAGUUUGAGAUUGAAGAACUAAUUCCUCCUCCUGAAGUUACACCUGAAGCCGUGAACAAGAGAGAUAUUGUGUUCCUGAUUGAUGAAUCAGAUUAUAUUGGAAAUUCAAAUCUACCACCUGUCCGUGACUUUAUCAUAAGAAUAAUUGAGAACCUCGAUAUUGGAAGUGACAGAGUGCGAGUUGGGUUGGUACUGUACAGUGAUAUUGCAGAAACUGAGUUUUAUCUAAACACCAACUCAAGAAAGGAUGAACUUCUGUCUCUCCUGAGAUUGCUCAGAUUUAAAGGUGGCACAACGCUUAACACUGGCAAAGCGUUGGACUUUGUCCUCAGACACCACUUCACCAGAUCUGCAGGCAGCAGAAGGGAGCAAGGUGUUCCCCAGAUUUUAGUGCUCAUCACUGGUGGGAGGUCUGGAGGUGAUAUCAAAGCAUCUGCUGAUGCACUGAAGCAGGCUGCUAUAAUAACCUUUACUAUUGGAGCCAGGAAUGCAGAUCCAGCACAACUAAAAGAGAUGGCAUUUGAACCCAGUUUGGCCUUCAAUGUAAGGCAUUUCUACUCUCUAUCGAACCUACAGCAACAGGUAAUGACAUCAUUACAAAAGCUGCGUGUUCAAUCGGUACCUAUUGAAGAGGCAACAGUUCCUAUCGAUGGGCCACUGGUUACCAGUACCAAAGUUUCUACAUCGAGGAAGAGAGAUAUAGUCUUCCUAAUCGAUGGUUCUCCUGGAAUGGGAAGAUCAUUUCUUCAAGUCCGUGAGUUUCUUAACAAAGUAAUCCAGGAGCUCGAUAUUGGACCUGACAAAGAUCAAGUUGCUGUGGUACAAUACAGUUCAAACCCAAGACUUGAAUUUGGUCUCAAUAGUCAUUCAACUAAAGAUGAGGUUUUGGAUGCAAUAAAAAAGCUGAGAUUGAAAACAGGAAGACCCCUCAACACUGGUGCUGCACUGGACUACGUCACAAGGAAUGUCUUCGCUCCAUCUGCAGGGAGUAGGAGCGAAGCUGGAGCUUCACAAAUCCUGGUGCUCAUCACUGCUGGGAAAUCCAGAGAUGAUGUUGGACAGGCAGCAGAUGCAGUGAAACGGGCUGGGAUAGUGCCCAUUGCUAUUGGGGCCAAGAGUGCCGACAUGUCGGAGCUCCAACAGAUAGUGUCUAAUCCUGAUUCUGUUUUGAAACUGGGAGAUUUCAAGGAAUUGCAAACUAUUCAACAAGAACUACUCUCUAAAGUUAGAGCAGUGUUUGUAAUUGAAGAACCAAUUAAUCUUACUGAAGUUCUACCAAAGGAAAUGAGUGAGAGAGACAUUGUGUUCCUUAUUGAUGGAUCAGACAAUGUUGGAAACACAAAUUUACCUUUUGUCCGUGAUUUUAUGACAAGAAUCAUUCAGAAUCUGGCCAUUGGAAGUGACAAGGUGCAUGUAGGCCUGGCACAGUACAGUGAUGACACAGAUGUUGAGUUCUAUCUAAACACUUAUUCAUCAGAAGCUGAACUUCUGUCUCAUAUCAGAAGUCUCAGACUGAGAGGGGGAACAACAGUCAACACUGGUUCAGCAUUGGACUUUGCCAUUAAAUACUAUUUUACUAGUUCUGCAGGAAGCCGAAUAAAAGAAAAUGUUCCUCAGUUUUUGGUGCUCGUUACUGGUGGAAGGUCCAGCGAUGAUGUGGAAGCACCAGCAGAUGCAUUGAAGCGAGCUGCAGUAAUGACCUUUGCUGUUGGAGUCAAGCAUCCAGACCCAGCACAGCUAAAAGAGAUUGCAAUUGACCCAAGUUUACUCUUCAAUGUAAAGGAAUUCCACUCUCUGUCAGAUAUACAGAAUCAGAUGAUGGUACCAUUGACAACGCUGACUGUUCCAACAGUAAUUAUUGAAGAACCAACAAUAAAACCUGAAGAGGAAUCUGUCCUUCCUACAGAAGCUUUAGCAGUCAAGAAGACAGAUAUAGUCUUCCUAAUUGAUGGUUCUCCUGGAAUGGGAAGAUCAUUUCUUCAAGUCCGUGAGUUUCUUAAUAAAAUGAUCCAGGAGCUCGAUAUUGGACCUGACAAAGAUCAAGUUGCUGUGGUACAAUACAGUUCAAACCCAAGACUUGAAUUUGGUCUCAAUAGUUAUUCAACUAAAGAUGAGGUUUUGGAUGCAAUAAAAAAGCUGAGAUUGAAAACAGGAAGACCCCUCAAUACUGGUGCUGCACUGGACUAUGUCACAAGGAAUGUCUUCGCUCCAUCUGCAGGGAGCAGGAGUGAAGCAGGAGCUUCACAAAUCCUGGUGCUUAUCACUGCUGGGAAAUCCAUAGAUGAUGUUGGACAGGCAGCAGAUGCAGUGAAAUGGGCUGGGAUAGUGCCCAUUGCUAUCGGUGCCAAGAGUGCAGACACGUUGGAGCUCCAACAGAUAGUGUCUAAUCCUGAUUCUGUUUUGAAACUGGGAGAUUUCAAGGAAUUGCAAACUAUUCAACAAGAACUACUCUCUAAAGUUAGAGCAGAGUUUGUGAUUGAAAAACCAAUUCCUCCUACUGAAGUUCUACCAAAGGAAAUGAGUGAGAGAGACAUUGUGUUCCUUAUUGAUGGAUCAGACAAUGUUGGAAACACAAAUUUACCUUUUGUCCGUGAUUUUAUGACAAGAAUCAUUCAGAAUCUGGCCAUUGGAAGUGACAAGGUGCGUGUAGGCCUGGCACAGUACAGUGAUGACACAGAAGCUGAGUUCUAUCUAAAUACUUAUUCAUCAGAAGCUGAACUUCUGUCUCAUAUCAGAAGUCUCGGGCUGAGAGGGGGGACAACAGUCAACACUGGUUCAGCAUUGGACUUUGCCAUUAAAUACUAUUUUACUAGUUCUGCAGGAAGCCGAAUAAAAGAAAAUGUUCCUCAGUUCUUGGUGCUCGUUACUGGUGGAAGGUCCAGCGAUGAUGUGGAAGCACCAGCAGAUGCAUUGAAGCGAGCUGCAAUAAUGACCUUUGCUGUUGCAAUCAAGCAUCCAGACCCAGCACAGCUAGAAGAGAUUGCAAUUGACCCAAGUUUGAUCUUCAAUGUAAAGGAAUUCCACUCUCUGUCAGAUAUACAGAAUCAGAUGAUGGUACCAUUGACAACACUGACUGUUCCAACAGUAAUUAUUGAAGAACCAACAAUAAAACCUGAAGAGGAACCUGUUCCUCCUACAGAAGCUUCAGCAGUCAGGAAGAGAGAUAUCACCUUCCUAAUCGAUGGUUCUCCUGGAAUGGGAAGAUCAUUUCUUCAAGUCCGUGAGUUUCUUAAUAAAGUAAUCCAGGAGCUCGAUAUUGGACCUGACAAAGAUCAAGUUGCUGUGGUACAAUAUAGUUCGAGCCCAAGACUUGAAUUUGGUCUCAAUAGUCAUUCAACUAAAGAUGAGAUUUUUGAUGCAGUAAAAAAGCUGAGACUGAAAACAGGAAGACCCCUCAACACUGGUGCUGCACUGGACUAUGUCACAAGGAAUGUCUUCACUCCAUCUGCAGGGAGCAGGAACGACGCUGGAGCUUCACAAAUCCUGGUGCUCAUCACUGCUGGGAAAUCCAGAGAUGAUGUUGGACAGGCAGCAGAUGCAAUGAAACGGGCUGGGAUAGUGCCCAUUGCUAUUGGGGCCAAGAGUGCCGACACGUUGGAGCUCCAACAGAUAGUGUCUAAUCCUGAUUCUGUUUUGAAACUGGGAGAUUUCCAGGAAUUGCAAACUGUUCAACAAGAACUACUCUCUAAAGUUAGAGCAGAGUUUGUGAUUGAAGAACCAAUUCCUCCUCCUGAAGUUCUACCAAAGGAAAUGAGUGAGAGAGACAUUGUGUUCCUUAUUGAUGGAUCAGACAAUGUUGGAAACACAAAUUUACCUUUUGUCCGUGAUUUUAUGGCAAGAAUCAUUCAGAACCUGGCCAUUGGAAGUGACAAGGUGCGUGUAGGCCUGGCACAGUACAGUGAUGACACAGAAGCUGAGUUCUAUCUAAACACUUAUUCAUCAGAAGCUGAACUUCUGUCUCAUAUCAGAAGUCUCGGACUGAGAGGGGGGACAACAGUCAACACUGGUUCAGCAUUGGACUUUGCCAUUAAAUACUAUUUUACUAGUUCUGCAGGAAGCCGAAUAAAAGAAAAUGUUCCUCAGUUCUUGGUGCUCGUUACUGGUGGAAGGUCCAGUGAUGAUGUGGAAGCACCAGCAGAUGCAUUGAAGCGAGCUGCAGUAAUGACCUUUGCUGUUGGAGUCAAGCAUCCAGACCCAACACAGCUAGAAGAGAUUGCAAUUGACCCAAGUUUAAUCUUCAAUGUAAAGGAAUUCCACUCUCUGUCAGAUAUACAGAAUCAGAUGAUGGUACCAUUGAUAACGCUGACUGUUCCAACAGUAAUUAUUGAAGAACCAACAAUAAAACCUGAAGAGGAACCUGCCCCUCCUACAGAAGCUAUGAAAAGAGAUAUUGUCUUCCUAAUCGAUGGCUCUUCUGGAAUGGGGAGAUCAUUUCUUCAGGUCCGUGAGUUUCUUAAUAAAGUAAUCCAGGAGCUCGAUAUUGGACCUGACAAAGAUCGAGUUGCUGUGGUACAAUACAGUUCAAACCCAAGACUUGAAUUUGGUCUCAAUAGUCAUUCAACUAAAGAUAAGGUUUUGGAUGCAAUAAAAAAGCUGAGAUUGAAAACAGGAAGACCCCUCAACACUGGUGCUGCACUGGACUAUGUCACAAGAAAUGUCUUCACUCCAUCGGCAGGGAGCAGGAGCGACGCUGGAGCUUCACAAAUCCUGGUGCUUAUCACUGCUGGGAAAUCCAGAGAUGAUGUUGGACAGGCAGCGGAUGCAGUGAAACGGGCUGGUAUAGUGCCCAUUGCUAUCGGGGCCAAGAGUGCAGACACAUCGGAGCUACAUCAGAUAGUUUCUAAUCCUGAUUCUGUUUUGAAGCUGAAAGAUUUCCAGGAAUUCCAAACUAUUCAACAAGACCUACUAUCUAAAGUUAGAGCAGAGUUUGUGAUUGAAGAUCCAAUUCCUCCUACUGAAGUUGUACCACAAGAAGUGAACAGGAGAGACAUUGUCUUCCUUAUCGAUGGAUCAGUUUAUGUUGGAAAUGUUAAUUUUAUUCAUAUCCGUGAAUUCAUCGCAAGAUUAAUUGAGACUUUGGACAUUGGAAGUGACAGAGUUCAAGUAGCUGUGGCACAGUACAGCGAUGAUGUAAAAACGGAAUCCUACCUAAACAGCUAUUCAACAAAAGCUGAUCUCCUGUCUCAUGUGAGAGGGCUCAAAGUGAAAGGUGGCAGAACAAUUAACACUGGGGCAGCACUGAACUAUGUCCUUCAAAACCACUUUACCAAAUCUGCAGGAAGUAGGAAAGAGGAAGGUGUUCCUCAACUAUUGAUGCUGCUCACUGGUGGAAAGUCCAGAGAUGAUAUCAAAUCAUCAGCAGAUGCCUUGAAGCGGGCUGCUGUAAUGACCUAUUCUGUGGGAGCCAGGAAAGCAGACCCAGCCCAGUUAAACGAAAUUUCAAGUGACCCCAGUUUGGUCUUCAAUGUAAAGGAAUUCCGCUCUCUUUCAGAUGUACAGAAUCAGGUGUUGGCACUGUUUUCAACAUCAGUUAUGACACCUUUGCCAACAACGAUUGUUCCACCAGUUACUAAAGCUGAAGUUGUACCACAAGAAGUGAACAGGAGAGACAUUGUCUUCCUUAUCGAUGGAUCAGUUUAUGUUGGAAAUGUUAAUUUUAUUCAUAUCCGUGAAUUCAUCGCAAGAUUAAUUGAGACUUUGGACAUUGGAAGUGACAGAGUUCAAGUAGCUAUGGCACAGUACAGCGAUGAUGUAAAAACGGAAUCCUACCUAAACAGCUAUUCAACAAAAGCUGAUCUCCUGUCUCAUGUGAGAGGGCUCAAAGUGAAAGGUGGCAGAACAAUUAACACUGGGGCAGCACUGAACUAUGUCCUUCAAAACCACUUUACCAAAUCUGCAGGAAGUAGGAAAGAGGAAGGUGUUCCUCAGAUAUUGAUGCUGCUCACUGGUGGAAAGUCCAGAGAUGAUAUCAAAUCGUCAGCAGAUGCCUUGAAGCGGGCUGCUGUAAUGACCUUUUCUGUGGGAGCCAGGAAAGCAGACCCAGCCCAGUUAAACGAAAUUUCAAGUGACCCCAGUUUGGUCUUCAAUGUAAAGGAAUUCCGCUCUCUUUCAGAUGUACAGAAUCAGGUGUUGGCACCGUUAUCAGUGCUGCCUGCUUUACAACAAGCUACUGAAGAGCCAGUUGUUACCACUAAGGAAGCUUUGCCUAAAGGAAUGAGCAAGGGAGACAUUGUGUUCCUUAUUGAUGGAUCAGAUUAUGUCGAGAACACGGAUUUCCCUUUUGUUCGUGAUUUUCUCACAAGUAUAAUAGAAAACCUCGAUAUUGGAAGUGACAGAGUGCAAAUCAGCCUGGUACAAUACAGUGAUUAUGCAGAAACUGAAUUCUAUCUGAACACCUAUUCUUCAGAAGAUGAAAUUCUCUCUCAUGUGGAAGGACUCAGACUGAGGGGUGGGAUGCCACUUAACACUGGAGCAGCACUGGAUUAUGUCCUUAGAAAUCACUUUACCAGAUCUUCAGGAAGUAGGAAAGAGGAAGGUGUUCCUCAGAUAUUGGUACUCAUCACUGCUGGAAGAUCCAGAGAUUACAUCAAACCAUCUGUGAAUGCACUGAACCAAGCUGCUGUAAUAACCUUUGCUGUAGGAACCACGAAUGCAGACCCAGCGCAGCUGAGAGAGAUUGCAAGUGACCCUAGUUUGAGCCUCAGUGUUCAGGAAUUCCGCUCCCUGCCUCAUGCACAGGAACAGGUGAUGAUGUUGAUAUCAGCGCCUCCUGCUCCACAAGAAUCUACUGACCCACCAGCUGUUCCCAUAAAUCCAGCAGAAAAAACAAGCAAGAGAGACAUUGUGUUCCUUAUCGAUGGAUCAGACAAUGUCGGUACAACAGAUUUUCCUUUUGUGCAUGAUUUUCUCACAAGUAUAAUAGAAAACCUCGAUAUUGGAAGUGGCAGAGUGCAAAUCGGUCUGGUACAGUAUAGUAAUUAUGCAGAAACUGAAUUCUAUAUGAAUACCUAUUCUUCAGAAGAUGAAAUUCUCUCUCAUGUGGAAGGACUCAGACUGAGGGGUGGGAUGCCACUUAACACUGGAGCAGCACUGGAUUAUGUCCUUAGAAAUCACUUUACCAGAUCUUCAGGAAGUAGGAAAGAGGAAGGUGUUCCUCAGUUGUUGGUGCUCAUCACUGCUGGAAGAUCCAGAGAUUACAUCAAACCAUCUGUGGAUGCACUGAACCAAGCUGCUGUAACAACCUUCGCUGUAGGAACCAGGAAUGCAGACCCAGCGCAGCUGAGAGAGAUUGCAAGUGACCCUAGUUUGAGCCUCAGUAUUCAGGAAUUCCGCUCCCUGCCUCAUGCACAGGAACAGGUGAUGAUAUUGAUAUCAGCGCCUCCUGCUCCACAAGAAUCUACUGACCCACCAACUGUUCCCAUAAAUCCAGUUGUACCAGAUGAAGGAAGCAAGAGAGACAUUGUAUUCCUUAUCGAUGGAUCAGACAAUGUUGGAAAUGGAAAUUUUCCUUUUGUUCGUGAUUUUCUCACAAGUAUAAUAGAAAACUUCGACAUUGGAAGUGACAGAGUCCAAGUUGGUCUGGUACAGUAUAGUAAUUUUGCAGAAACUGAAUUCUAUCUGAACACCUAUUCUUCAGAAGAUGAAAUUCUCUCUCAUGUGGAAGGACUCAGGCUGAGAGGGGGGAUGCCACUUAACACUGGAGCAGCACUGGAUUAUGUCCUUAGAAAUCACUUUACCAGAUCUUCAGGAAGUAGGAAAGAGGAAGGUGUUCCUCAGUUGUUGGUGCUCGUCACUGCUGGAAGGUCCAGCGAUGAUAUCAAACCAUCUACAGAUGCAUUGAAGCAAGCUGCUGUAAUAAUCUUUGCUAUAGGAGCCAGGAAUGCAGACCCAGCACAACUAAAAGAAAUCGCAAUUGACCCCAGUUUGGUUUUCAGAAUGCAGGAAUUCCGUUCUCUGCCACAUAUACAGGAACAGGUUAUGACACCACUAUCUACGCUGGCUGCCUCACGUGUACCUACUAAAAAGCCAACUGUUCCUGUUAAACAAGUUGUGCCUGAAGUAGUGAACAUGAGAGACAUUGUAUUCCUCAUUGAUGGAUCAGACCAUGUUGGAGACACAAAUUUUGCUCUUGUCCGUGAUUUUCUCGCAAGUAUAAUACAGAAUCUCGAUAUUGGAAAUCACGGAUUUCAAGUAGGCUUGGUACAGUACAGCACUCAUGCAGAUACUGAGUUCUAUCUGAACACCUAUUUAUCAAAAGCUGAUAUUCUAUCUCAUGUGAGAAGACUGAGACUGAAAGGUGGGACAAGACUUAAUACAGGUGCAGCCAUGGACUAUGUCUAUAGAUACCAUUUUAUCAGCUCUGCAGGAAGCAGGAAGAGAAAUGGUGCUGCUCAGUUUUUGGUGCUCCUGACUGGUGGAAGUUCCAGCGAUGAUGUUAAUCCAGCUGCUGCUGCAUUGAAGCGAGCUACUAUAAUGAGUUUUGCGGUAGGAGUCAAGAAUGCAGACUUAGCACAGCUAAAAGAGAUUGCUAUUGAUCCCAGUUUAGUCUUCAAUACAAAUGAAUACUAUUCUUUACCAAAUAUACAAGAAGAGAUGACAACACUAUUAUCAACUCUGCCUGCUCCACGGGCAAUUCCUGAAGAGCCAACUGCUCUCAUUAAACAAGUUGUGCCUGAUGAUGGAAGCAAGAGAGACAUUGUGUUCCUUAUUGAUGGAUCAGACAAUGUUGGAAACAGCAAUCUUCCUUUUGUCCGUGAUUUUCUCACAAGUAUAAUAGAAAACCUCAAUAUUGGAAGAGACAAAAUUCAAAUUGGACUGGUACAGUAUAGUAAUUAUGCAGAAACUGAAUUCUAUCUGAACACCUAUUCUUCAGAAGAUGAAAUUCUAUCUCAUGUAGAAGGACUCAGACUGAGAGGUAGGACAAUCCUUAAUACUGGUGCAGCACUGGACUCUGUCCUCCGAUAUCAUUUCACUAGAUCUGCAGGAAGUAGGAAAGAGGAAGGUGUUCCUCAGAUACUGGUACUCAUCACUAGUGGAAGCUCCAGAGAUGAUGUUAAAGCACCGGCAGAUGCAUUAAGGCAAGCUGCUAUGAUAAUCUUUGCCAUAGGAGCCAAGAAUGCCAACCCAGCACAGAUGAAAGAAAUUGCAAUGGACCCAGGUCUGGUGUUCAAUGUACGGGAAUUCCACUCCCUGCCAGAUAUACAGGAACAAGUGAUGACAUCAUUAUCAACACUGGCUGUUCCAGUAGUAACUCAUAACAAACCAACAGUAAUUGCUGGAAGACCAACGGACACUAUUAUAGAAGUUUCAGCAGUCUGGAAGAGAGAUAUAGUCUUCCUAAUCGAUGGUUCUCCUGGAAUGGGAAGAUCAUUUCUUCAAGUCCGUGAGUUUCUUAAUAAAAUGAUCCAGGAGCUCGAUAUUGGACCUGACAAAGAUCAAGUUGCUGUGGUACAAUACAGUUCAAACCCAAGACUUGAAUUUGGACUUAACAGUCAUUCAACUAAAGAUGAGGUUUUGGAUGCAAUAAAAAAGCUGAGAUUAAAAGCAGGAAGACCCCUCAACACUGGUGCUGCACUGGACUAUGUCACAAGGAAUGUCUUCACUCCAUCUGCAGGGAGCAGGAGUGAAGCAGGAGCUUCACAAAUCCUGGUGCUUAUCACUGCUGGGAAAUCCAGAGAUGAUGUUGGACAGGCAGCAGAUGCAAUGAAACGGGCUGGGAUAGUGCCCAUUGCUAUUGGGGCCAAGAGUGCAGACACGUUGGAGCUCCAACAGAUAGUGUCUAAUCCUGAUUCUGUUUUGAAACUGGGAGAUUUCAAGGAAUUGCAAACUGUUCAACAAGAAUUACUCUCUAAAGUUAGAGCAGUGUUUGCAAUUGAGAAAGCAACAGUUACCACUGAAGUUCUACCAAAGCAAAUGAGUGAGAGAGACAUUGUGUUCCUCAUUGAUGGAUCAGACAAUGUUGGAAACACAAAUUUACCUAUUGUCCGUGAUUUUAUGACAAGAAUCAUUCAGAACCUGGCCAUUGGAAGUGACAAGGUGCGUGUAGGCCUGGCACAGUACAGUGAUGACACAGAAGUUGAGUUCUAUCUAAAUACUUAUUCAUCAGAAGCUGAACUUCUGUCUCAUAUCAGAAGUCUCGGACUGAGAGGGGGGUCAACAGUCAACACUGGUUCAGCAUUGGAUUUUGCCAUUAAAUACUAUUUUACUAGUUCUGCAGGAAGCCGAAUAAAAGAAAAUGUUCCUCAGUUUUUGGUGCUCGUUACUGGUGGAAGGUCCAGCGAUGAUGUGGAAGCACCAGCAGAUGCAUUGAAGCGAGCUGCAGUAAUGACCUUUGCUGUUGGAGUCAAGCAUCCAGACCCAGCACAGCUAGAAGCGAUUGCAAUUGACCCAAGUUUGAUCUUCAAUGUAAAGGAAUUCCACUCUCUGUCAGAUAUACAGAAUCAGAUGAUGGUACCAUUGACAACACUGACUGUUCCAACAGUAAUUAUUGAAGAAACAACAAUAAAACCUGAAGAGGAACCUGUUCCUCCUACAGAAGCCAGGAAGAGAGAUAUCGUCUUCCUAAUUGAUGGGUCUCCUGGAAUGGGAAGAUCCUUCCCUCUAGUCCGUGAGUUUCUUAAUAAAAUAAUUCAGGAGUUCGAUAUUGGACCUGACAAAGAUCAAGUUGCUGUGGUACAAUACAGUUCAGACUCGAGAGUUGAAUUUGGCCUCAAUAUUCAUUCAACUAAAGAUGAGGUUUUGGAUGCAAUAAAAAAGCUGAGAUUGAAAACAGGAAGACCCCUCAACACUGGUGCUGCACUGGACUAUGUCACAAGGAAUGUAUUCACUCCGUCUGCAGGGGGUAGGGGCGAUGCUGGAGCUUCACAAAUCCUGGUGCUCAUCACUGCUGGGAAAUCUAGAGAUGAUGUUGGACAGGCAGCAGAUGCAGUGAAACAGGCUGGUAUAGUGCCCAUUGCUAUCGGGGCCAAGAGUGCAGACAUGUUGGAGCUACAACAGAUUGUAUAUGAAUCCAAUUUUAUUUUGAAACUGAGAGAUUUUAGAGAAUUGCCAAGUAUUCAAAAGGAACUGAUAUCUAAAGUCAAAACCGUUUUCCUUAUUGAGGAAAUAACUGCUGUUAAUACUGAAGUUUUGCCUGAAGAAGUGAACAAGAGAGACAUUGUGUUCCUUAUUGAUGGAUCAGACAAUGUUGGGAACACAAAUUUACUUCUUGUCCAUGAUUUCAUCAGAAAUAUAAUUGAAAACCUCAAUAUUGGAAGUGACAGAGUGCGAGUGGGUCUGGCACAGUUCAGUCACAAUACAAAAACUGAGUUCUAUCUUGAUACCUACUCAUCAAAAGCUGAAGUUCUGAGUCAUGUCAAAGGACUCAAAUUGAAUGGUGGAACAAUGCUCAAUACUGGUGCAGCACUGGAUUUUGUCUUUAGAAACCACUUUACCAGUCAUGCAGGAAGCAGAAAAGAUCAAGGAGUUCCACAAUUUCUGGUGGUGUUCACUGGUGGUAGAUCGAUGGAUGCUGUUAAACCAUAUGCAGAUGCACUAAAGCGAGCUGCCAUAGCAACCUUUGCUGUUGGAGUAAGAAAUGCAGACCCAGCACAACUGCGAGAAAUUGCAACUGACUCCAAUUUGGUUUUCAGUGUCAAAGAAUUCCAUAAUCUACCAAAUGUACAGGAACGGGUGAUGACACCAUUGUCAACACUAUCUGCUCCAACAGUAACUACUGGAGAAUCAAUUGUAAUUGCUGGAGAACCACUAGUUACUAAUGAAAAAGCGUCUGUAGCCAGGCAGAGAGAUAUUGUCUUCCUUAUUGAUGGCACUCUUGGAAUGGGAAAAGCAUUUCCUCUAGUCCGUGCAUUUCUGAUUAGACUAAUCCAGGAACUUGAUAUUGGACCUGAUAAAGAUCAAAUUGCUGUGAUACAAUACAGUCAUGACUCAAAAACUGAAUUUGGACUUAAUACUUAUGCAAGUAAAGAUGAGGUUUUGGCUGCAACAACACAGCUCAGAUGGAAAACAGGAAGAGUCCUCAACACUGGUGCUGCGCUGAACUAUGUUACAAGAAAUGUCUUUAUCACAUCUGCUGGGAGCAGACAAGAUACUGGAGCUACGCAGAUUCUAGUGCUCAUCACUGCAGGAAAAUCCAGGGAUGAUGUUGGACAGGCAGCAUUCGCAGUAAAGCAAGCUGGUAUAGUGCCCAUUGCUAUCGGGGCCAAGAAUGCACAUUCUGCAGAGCUGCAACAGAUAGUAUAUUCUCCUGAUUUUGUUUUUGUACUAAAAACCUUUCACACUAUACCAACCAUCCAACAACAGUUGAUAUCGAUAUUGAAAUCAGUUUCUGUUGAAUCACUUUAAGAUCAGCCUCAAUGAAUAACAUAACAGACUGUCAUGCCUGUGGAUUUUUAUGUUGCACCAUUCAAGCUCCUCUCCAUACAUUAAACUAUAGAACGAUAAGGAAGAAUAACAGUCGUGAAACUCACUUCACAAUCAGAACAACAUGAAAACCAACUAUCUUUGGAAGCCACUAUUUUGCCAAUAAUUUUCCCUUGUGCUUUCAACUAUCAGUGUAAAAUUGUAUCUAUAUAUCUGGCUUAUUUUAUAAAAUUAUAGUCAAUAGAAUUACCUUGGAAAAAUAUGGACAUAAUGUAAGGAACUAGGCAGCACUAUUCACCCAGCUUAAUUGCAUUACUCUCCACAGCAAAACAUUUUAGAGAUUGUGGUUGAAAAAGUCCAUGGCAUGAUUGGAUGUUAAGUUACCUCGAUCAUGAAUGAUUUUCUGUUACACUCCUUUUCCUUUUGAGUUAUGUAUGUAUGCCAAAGCGCAUCAGCUACUCCUUAGUAUGUUUGAUAUUUUCAAAUCCAAUUUUCUCAGCUGCCUGCCUGCUCAAUAAAUGAUCAGAAUUAUCUCUUUCUAGCCAUUGGGCUCCAUCAAAUUGGAAUCUAGCUCUUCCAAACCUAUCUGGGUUUAAAUCCUCUAUAUGCCAUCAGGGAAUUCUAAAGUAAGAAAUAAAAUUUGAUUUCAAAACAAAA